AUUCACAGAAGGCAGAGGAAACCCUAGAUUCUUGAAGCUGGAACCUAACAUUAUUUCGGCUAGUUCUAUCCUCUGUACGUCAACAAUGGCGGUGUCGGAAGAGAAAAACUCAAAAUACCCCUCUUUAGAAGAGAGUAUGAAGAAAAGGAAGCGGAAGCGAAACAGAGCUAAGAAAACAGAGCAACAAAACCCUGACACCAACAAUGACAGAGAAGAAGAAGAAUUUGAAGAAACUGAAGCAAUAGAAGUUGAAAUCAAAGAGAAAAACGGUAAUAAAAAGAAGAAAAAAAAGAAGUUGAGGAGUGAAGAUGAUGAUGAAAAACAAGAGGGAGGAGGAAACAAAGAAUAUGAAACAGAAGAAGUGGAGGAGGAAGAGAUAAAGGAGAAAGUGAAGAUUGGAGGUAGUGGGAUAAUGAGCACUGAGUCAUUUGAGUCUUUGGGAUUGUCUGAGCCUACCUUUAAAGCUAUAAAAGAAAUGGGUUUUCAGUACAUGACUCAGAUUCAAGCCCGCUCAAUUCCACCACUUAUGAUUGGAAAAGAUGUUCUUGGGGCUGCAAGGACAGGUUCUGGGAAAACCCUUGCCUUCUUGGUUCCUGCCGUUGAGUUGUUAUAUAAUGUUCGAUUUACUCCUCGCAAUGGAACUGGUGUUAUCGUCAUUUGUCCCACUAGGGAGCUUGCCAUUCAGACUCAUGCUGUAGCUAAGGAUCUUCUCAAAUACCACUCUCAGACUCUUGGAUUGGUUAUUGGUGGUUCAGCCAGAAGAGGAGAAGCAGAGCGGAUUGUGAAGGGGGUAAAUUUGUUAGUGGCUACUCCUGGUCGGCUACUUGACCAUCUUCAGAAUACAAAGGGAUUCAUUUAUAAAAAUUUGAAGUGUCUCAUAAUUGAUGAAGCUGACAGGAUAUUGGAAGCAAAUUUUGAGGAAGAAAUGAAGCAGAUUAUUACACUUCCUAAGCAAAACAGGCAAACAUCUCUAUUUUCAGCUACCCAGACUAAGAAGGUUGAGGACCUUGCCCGUUUGUCAUUUCAGACGACUCCUAUUUAUAUUGAUGUAGAUGAUGGGAGAAAGAAGGUCACUAAUGAAGGGCUGCAGCAAGGCUAUUGUGUUGUGCAUAGUUCCAAGAGAUUUGUCCUUUUGUACUCGUUUUUGAAGAGGAACCUGUCCAAGAAAGUGAUGGUCUUUUUCUCUUCAUGUAACUCAGUCAAGUUUCAUGCGGAACUUCUUAGAUAUAUUCAUGUGGAUUGUCUUGAUAUCCAUGGAAAGCAGAAGCAGCAAAAGCGGACCACUACCUUCUUUGACUUCUGCAAAGCAGAAAAGGGAAUUUUGCUUUGCACUGACGUCGCUGCUCGUGGACUUGACAUUCCCGCUGUGGAUUGGAUUCUGCAGUACGAUCCUCCGGAUGAACCAAAGGAAUAUAUUCAUAGGGUUGGUCGAACUGCCCGUGGGGAAGGUGCAAAAGGAAACGCUCUUCUGUUCUUGAUCCCAGAGGAACUGCAAUUUCUUCGAUAUCUAAAGGUAGCAAAAGUUCCGGUUAAGGAAUACGAGUUUGAUGAGAAGAAGCUGGCAAAUGUGCAGUCUCAUCUGGAGAAGUUGGUGGCAAACAACUAUUACCUAAACAAGUCAGCUAAAGAUGCAUAUCGAUCUUACAUUUUAGCGUACAAUUCACACUCGAUGAAAGAUAUCUUUAACGUGCAUCGCCUUGAUCUGCAGGCUGUCGCUGCUUCCUUCUGCUUUUCAUGCCCUCCGAAGGUUAAUCUGAAUAUAGACAGCAAUGCAUCCAAAUUUAGAAAGAAAUCACGCAAAAUUGAAGGAACACGAAACAGUUUUAGCGAAAGCAACCCGUACGGAAGGCAAGGAAGCGAAGACGACAAGCGGCAAUUCGUGAGGUAUUAACUUGAGUAUCUGUAUAACGACCUUUUUUAAGGCAUAAGCAGCAGUAUUGGUGAAAGCCACUGCACUAGUCUGCAACAAUUUUGCUUCUGUACCAUUUGGAAAGGAGUGCUUAGGGCAGCUUUAUUAGUUUCU